AUGUCGGAACAGGACAUUAACCAAGUCCCUGUUGAGGACCUCACGCCCGAGCAGGCUAGUCAUAUAAUUCAUUCUCAUCGCAAGGUGAGAUAUGGGACUGCCUGUUGGCCGUGUCGGCAGCGCAAGGUGAGAUGCACCAACGAUCUACCUUGCGAGAACUGCAUCAAGAGAGAGCACCCGCAAUUAUGCAAUUAUAAGCCAAACCGCUCGAGUGCCUCUAAGCAGACCUCCAUCUCCUCGGGCGCUGCUUUGGGCAGAAAGCGAGCCCAUUCUCCCGAUGCCAAUGCCGACCAUGCCCAUGAAGGGGAUCACCAGCCUGACGGCUGGCGACAAGCAAUUGACCAAACCGAAUCCAGUGGUGAAUUGCACCGUUAUGUCGGUCAGAACAGCAUCCCGGCUUUGUUACGGGAUCAGCCAUCACCGAUAGACACCAAGGACGGCAUCGAUAUUCGUCGAGACAUGCGCCCAAUCUUUGGGCUUGACACGUCUGCCCCUUUUCCUCUCAUGUCCGCCAAGCAUCUUGAUAUGAUGACGCAAGACAUAUUCUCCGAACUUCCACCUGAUCGGGAGGUCAUGAUUUUGUUCAAUGCGUACAAGGAAAUCGCGCACCCGUUCUGGGGCUUCGUCGCGGACAUUGACGACCUCGAAUCACGUAUCAUCAUCUAUCUUGAGGAGAGAGCCAAGAGUGCCAAGGACACGAACAAACCUGGUCGACCUGUUUCGGCCUCAUGGCUAGCCAUUCUUUUCGCUGUAAUGGCCGUCGGAUCUCAAUAUCGCGAUUCGCCUUACCAUAUAAGGACACGCGACUCGCAGAAAUACGUUCAGAUAUCAUUUCAUUUUCUAAGGAUAGGGAACUUUCUUCUGAGGCCGAAUUUCGACUCUAUACAGGCAUUGCUCCUUACGGGCUUUGUACUUCUCAAUGACAUGAAAGCUGAGGCUUCGUGGGCCAUAAUUGGAAUGACGUGUCGCCUGGCGCAAUCUCUUGGCCUUCACAGGACCAUAACACAAGAUGAUACCGCUCAGAAUGAGACGGCUCUCAAAUCCUUUGUUCGCCGCAAGCUGUGGUGGACUUGCCAAUGGCAUGAUACUUUGACAUCACUGUCCUUUGAUCGUCCCAAUAUGACAAACAUACCAUGCUGUCCGAUUCCCAUCUCACCCAAUGCCGCAGUCGAAGGCCUGUCGUAUCUCGAAAUGAUGUACCAUCUGUGUGAACUCAUUUCUAAAUGUCUCAACCCCGAUGCCAUAGCUGAUUACACGUAUCAAUCGAUCAUCAACAGUUGCGAAGCCGUUGAAAGCCUUCGUAAUAUGGUAUACCCCCAGCUUCGGAGUAAGGAGGCCUGCAAGAGUGUUCUUGACAAACUACAACAUUAUGCCACUCGUCUUCACACUUCUUUCGUCGUCUCAGUGUGCUGUCGACCUGCACUUCGUCGGGAUUGUACCAGGCUAAGCGCUGAAGAGCAAAAGACGUUAUCGGACAAGUGUAAAGCGAAUCUUACAGAAACAGUGCGCAUGUUUCUAGCCAUGCACCAACUGUCCUUCAUCCCGACUCGCAGCUGGGCAUUCACUUACCACGGCCUGUCGUCAGCUGUUCUUCUUGGGAUUCUAAACGAAACUAAACAAGACCGUGAGAUUAGACAGCUACAUGGCGACUUGAUAGCAGCUCUGUCUGCAGCAACCGCAAAGGAACAAGACAGCCCUUCACCCGAGCAUAUCCGAAAGACGGACAAAGACAUUGAACUUUCAGGGCCGCUUUCGAGAGCCUUGGCCGCGCUGAGAAACAUAUACGAUUAUGGUACCCUUCAUGGCUUGACUGGAAUCAAGAGCGAGAGCGCAUCAGGAACGCGCACGCCAGUUAAUUUCACCAAUUCACAGAAUUCCCAGAUGGUGAAUAACACCCAGGCCCGUCCACAACCUGGAUAUGAUAGGCAUCAAGAUGCUGCAUUAGCUAUGACGGAGUUACAAAACAGCAAUCCUAUCCAAGAAUAUCCAAAUCCGAUCCCGUACCAGCCAACAACGAUGGCUACGCCCGUUGGUCUACCGGACCUGAGCCAGAUCGACCCAUCGACGCUCGCCCCAAUGGAGCUGUAUGACUCCAUCUUUUGGGAAUCACCUGACCCCUUUUACAAUGUCGCGGAUAUGAAUUUCGAUUUUCUACCCCGUGCAGCUCCUGGGCAGUCGGGGCAACAGUAUUAUUUCUGA